AAGAAAUCCUAGCAAGAUCCGGCUAAUUCUCUCUUGGUCCAGCCUCCUCCUUGAAUCUUCUUGUUCCACCCAAGAAGCCCAACCAGGGCAGGCUGUCCCUUAAGCUGGCACAUUAGUUCACAGCAGGUGCCUGUGGAGGUUCAGGGAUGGGUGUAGCUUCUCAAAACAGAGGAGGCAUAGACACAGUGGUCUCAGCAGAACCCUGUUUUCCAAGAGCAGUGGUGAGAAAAGUUAAUGUACUCUGAUGGUUUAAUGACAGUAAUGGUUUUUCUUGUCUAUCAUUCAUAUUUUCACUCCUGACAGUUCUAUAAGGUAUUUUGAGUGAAUUUUACAGAUAUGAUCUCCAAAGAGGAAAGGUCAGUAAUAAUUAACAUUUAGUGAGUUAGGUCUCUGCACACACUGGCUGGUAUCACAGCAGAUAAGGGCAUACAGCUGAAGUGAGUUAGUGCUUUGUUCUGUGAGACCCACUUGCACAUGCCAGUAAACCAGAGUGGCUUACUAUAAACUUGGAACCUUGGCUGUAUCUUCUGCAGCAUGGGCGUGAUAGGCCUGAGAUCUAGACUUGAGCUCUCUGGUACCCUGUGAGGCAGAAGGGUACAGUGGCUACAGCACAGGCUUUGCAGCCAGACACAGCUGCUGGAGGGAUCCUGGCAUCAUUGUUCAACAGCCAGGGGUUCAACACCGUUGUUCAACACCAUUGUUCUUAGCCAAGUCACUUCACUGAACUUGCUUCGAGCUUAUAUUCCACAACUGUAAGGCUAUGAUGAAAAUAGCGUCUGCCUCUAAAAGUUUUUAAAUAGUUGAAUAUGAAUGCAGAUGGACUGUCUUUUGUUCCAUAAUUAGUAGCUUUUCUUAAUACUGUUUUCAUCAUUACUAAUUGAAGAGGAUGUACUAAAGGAGGCCAUCUGCCUUCCAAUCCACCUACCUGGAAUGGAGAUCUACUCAAUUAAUAAGCCUGUGCUUGGUCUGCUGAGGAGGCUUUUACAGCUUCUGCCCUUGGGCUGAGAGCUGCCCAGCUGGGCGGGCUGGGCCUCUCAGGCUAUUCUCUACUCCCCAGUUGCAGAUCUGGUUUCUUUUACCCUCAUAAAAAGACCCUGGCAGAGAUGCCCAGGAGAGCCAAGAUCUCCAGUGUCCCCAGAGAUAGAGAAGCAGCCCACUGUGGCCAUGGCUCACUCCUUUCUUCCUUUCUUCCUUCCUUCCUUUUUUGUCUUUCUUUCUUUUUAUUGCCUUUUUAGGGCCGCAGCAGGGCAUAUGGAAGUUCCCAGGCCAGGGGUAGAAUCAGAGCUGCAAUGGCUGCUUUCUUACCCUGCCUGGUCCCACCUGGGCCUUCUCCAGCUCUUCCCCACUUUUCUAGGACUCACUCCUCCUAAGGAAUGUGGGCUGGUCUGAGCCUCUGGAGUCUGGCCAGUGCAGUGUCUGCCUAGUUGAGCGGGCUCCCCUGGGCACUCUGUCCUCCAGACAGGAAGACUCCAGCAAGGGUUCACAUCAGCAGGCAGGCUCCUGUUGUACCUUUCUUUCCCCAGGCACACAGUGUUGGCUUUCUCAGCUUCUCCUACUUUGUGCUCCUUUUUCUUUUUAGUUGCCUAGGAUGGUAGAGACUCUACUCUGUAAGAGUACCAGCUUCAGGGACAGGCAGCCCUGGUUCAUAUGGCCUUUCCUUACAACUGCCUGUCAUGUAGGUGAGGCAGGUACUGUGUGGAACAUGGUGCCAAGUGUUUUAAAGGGGUUAGGAUGAUCUCAUGAGUCCUUAUAACAUCCCCAUUAGAUAACUGCUCCUAAUAGGUGAAAGCGUUCAGGCCCAGAGAGGUACAGUAACUUUCUCAAGGCAGCAUAGCAUGGGAUCUGUGAUAGCAAGGAGGGGACCUUGGGAGGGAAGGGGAGAGGUGGGAAGGAAAGAAAUCUUAUAAGUACUGUAUGAUAACUGUUUGUGCCACUGGAGCUACAAAGAGGAGGAGGAGGAAAGAAAAUCUUGCCCAGAGCCUGUCUUCUCAGCCCCAGUGAAGUCCAACUGGCUCAGCCACUCCCUUCAGUUCUGCCAGGAGGAGGUGUGAGGGCAGAGAGAGGAGGUCAGUGAGCACUGAAGGGAAGAUUUAUGAAGAUGUGAAAAGGCCUUCCCAUGGAAAAACCAUCCUAACAGGUUUGGCAGACAGGAUGUGAAAGGGUGCAGAACUUCAGUGGGGGAGCAGGAAGCCAGCCAGGAUGCCUUUUGGGCUGGUUACAAGUAACCAUUUAAUUCAGAACCUGUGUCUGGAUCCCAAGGGAGCUCAGGCCACCAAAGUCGUAAAUACACAAGUGCCUACUGCAGCCUUGUGGGUGGAAAGACAGUGCCCAUGACAUCUCUCAUUCCUGUGGCUGCCAGUUUGUUAUAAUUAUUUAAUUAAUGAAAAAUUUCAGAUGCAAGGGCUGUGGCCUACUGAGAAAUGUCACCUUCAGCCAAGAUUCUCUUGUCUCUGCUGACAUGUGAUUUCCACAUCCUCCCAGUGCUUCAGCAGUUUCCUCUUCUCUAUUCCUAAAAGAACCUGCAUUUCCCUUUCUCGACUCCCUUCCUGGCUUCCUGCGUGCUAAGCCUCUUGCACUUGUCAUCAUGUCUUCAGAAUGCAUUUGAUAGGUACAGGAAGUUGCACCAGACGGGAGAUGGAACCAGCAAUCAAUAAAAAAAGAACCAUGUUUCUAAGAAAAAUGCAUCAUGUCUUCCCACAGGAGUUGUGUACCAUAUGUCCUAAUAUCCGUGGAACAAUGGAUCUAAUUUUUAGCUCUUCUGCUUGGGUUUCCCGGCCAUUGCAACAAAAAAGAAAAUGGACCUUUUAACCUGCUGCUGCCCAGCUUACUGAUGAUUUAUAAUAGAAAUUGCCUUUCCCUUUAACCCCUUCAUCACAUAUCACAAAAUAAAAUCUCUCCCUUUUCUCCCUCCAGUUUUAUUUCUCCUGGCUACUAGUUUCGUAUAUUUAUGGUGCAUGAGUCAUCACGCUGCUGCCUGAUUGGUUAAAAACCAAGCACCCCUGAGACCAUCCGUCAAUUACAGCUAUUCUCAGCUUCAUUCACAGAUUUAUUAGCUUGCACACACAGAGAGAAAUUCAUUCAGCAAAGUUCAUUCAUAAAAAUUUCAACACUGCAUAUCAUCCUGCACAUUUCAGCCUUCUGUUGCAGAUAGGCUUCUGAAAGAAGCUCUGAGAGGAGUGCAAGAGGGAGGGAGGGAAGCGGGGAGCCAGGGUGGGCAGGCUGGGAGGGGAUCUGAGGAUCACGGAGGGAUGGCAAGUCCAUGAAAUAAUGCCAAGCAACGCCUGUCACUAGUACUCCUGGCUUGUGGCCCAGACGGGAUGCAAGGCAAGAUCUUUCAAGAAAGGGAAGCCAUCAGAAGAAACGAACUCAGGCAGCAGGGCUUUGGCUCCUACAUACAUUUUCUUUUUUGCCUUUUUUUUUUUCUUAAGUGAGCAAUCCCUGGAACAAAUAAAGGGUUAAUAGGCCAGACUUUGCCCCGCCCUGUGGGAACCGGAGGGAGCAGGUUUGAAAGUUCCUGUAUGCCGAAGGGGAGGCUGGGGGUGGGGGGCGCUAAAUAUUUCUGCUAGGCUCCCACACCGCCAGCGAUGCGGCGGGACCCGCUGGCCGCUGCCCGGCCCGGCUCCUUGCCUGAGAGUUGGCUGUGAGUGAUUUCCGCUGCCGCCGCGAGGCUGAGUCCAGGCUUUCCCAGUAAGGAAUCCAAGGCGAGGACACCGGGUGCUGCCUCUGGGCCAGGGAGGCACUGGAAUCGGCGGGGAAGGCUUUUUCCCCUGGGCUGUCACCCUCAGACCGGCGAGGGCGAGAACAGAGUUGGAGAGGUGGCUGCCUCAAGUUGCAUGGGGCGUUGAGGCAUUUGCUUUCCGUUCCGUUUAUCUGGCAGACGACGAGGCAGUUUAUGCAACAGUAUCCUGUUUCAGCACUGCCAAGGCUAUGCGAGAACGCGGUCAGGACAGCCUGGCAGGACUCGUGCUGUACGUAGGAUUCUUUGGGCACCCCGGGAUGCUGCACAGGGCCAAGUACAGCCGUUUUCGGAAUGAGUCCAUCACGUCCUUGGACGAAGGCAGCCCCGGAGGUUCGGCCGGGAACAAGGGCUCGCCGCAGCCUCCUUACCCCACCCUGGCACCUCACCUGCCGACUGAAGAUGCCACCUUGGCGUCUCAGGAGAGCCCCACCCCACUGUGCACCUUGAUCCCUCGCAUGGCCAGCGUAAAGCUGGCCAACCCAGCCACCUUGCUGAGUCUGAAAAACUUUUGCUUGGGUACCAAAGAGGUACCUCGGCUGAAGCUCCAGGAAAGCCAGGACUUGGCCCCCAGCAGCCCAGGUUCCCCUGAAACCAGUCUAAACAGGGCCGGGCCAGCAGCACCUCCGCCUCAGCGGGACUCGGUGGGACACAGGGCCACCUCUUUAACUCCUGAUGCCUGUCCCCUUCCCCACCCUGGGGCACCAACCCCCAGGAACAGGCAGGACAGGAACUUUCUGCAGCACCUGUUGGGGACUGGCAUGAACUACUAUGUGAGGUACAUGGGCUGUAUUGAAGUGCUGCAAUCAAUGAGGUCACUGGAUUUUGGAAUGAGAACCCAAGUUACAAGGGAAGCAAUAAGUCGCCUGUGUGAAGCUGUUCCUGGGGCAAAUGGAGCCAUUAAAAAGCGAAAGCCUCCAGCUAAGUUCCUAUCAACAGUUCUGGGCAAAAGUAAUCUUCAGUUUUCGGGAAUGAAUAUAAAACUGACCAUCUCCACAUGCAGCCUCACAUUGAUGAAUCUUGACAACCAACAGAUUAUUGCAAAUCAUCAUAUGCAGUCUAUUUCAUUUGCCUCUGGAGGGGAUCCAGAUACUACAGACUAUGUUGCCUACGUAGCUAAAGAUCCAGUUAAUCAACGAGCCUGCCACAUAUUGGAAUGCCGCAGCGGAAUGGCCCAAGACGUCAUAAGCACCAUAGGGCAGGCUUUUGAACUCCGGUUUAAACAGUAUUUGAAAAAUCCCUCUAUGAAUACUUCUUGCGAAAGUGAGGAGGUGCAUAUUGAUGGCCAUGCUGAGGAGAAAGAAGCUCAUGAGUAUUACAAUGAAAUCCCAGGGAAGCAGCCACCUGCAGGGGGUGUGUCCGAUGUGCGGGUCAGAGUUCAAGCCACAGAAAAAAUGGCUUACUGCCCCAUACGGUGUGAAAAGUUGUGCUAUUUGCCUGGAAACUCCAAGUGCAGCAGUGUAUAUGAGAAUUGUCUAGAACAAGGCAGGACAAUAGGCAAUGCACAGGAGAGAGGGGCACAGUCCCAGCGAGAUGCAUCUGCAAUGAAGCACAUGUUCCGAGUAGAUCUCUUUGAUGACCCCUGCUACAUCAACACGCAGGCUCUUCAAAGCACGCUUGCUGGAAAUCAAAGCUCUGCUCACCCGCUGGGGAGCCCUUGGCACCAGGAAAAGCCACCAGAAACUGUUCAGCCAGGUGCCACAGCCCAGCCUGCCAGCUCACAUUCUUUGCCACACAUUAAGCAGCAGCUACGGAAUGAAGACUGCUACCACGGCAAGCUGAGCAGGAAAGCUGCAGAGAGCCUCUUGGUAAAGGAUGGGGACUUUUUGGUACGAGAGAGUGCAACCUCUCCUGGCCAGUAUGUGCUGAGUGGGCUGCAGGGAGGCCAGGCCAAACAUCUUCUCCUGGUGGAUCCUGAAGGCAAGGUGAGGACCAAGGACCAUGUAUUUGAUAAUGUUGGCCAUCUGAUCAGAUAUCACAUGGAUAAUAGUUUACCAAUCAUCUCUUCUGGAAGCGAAGUAAGCCUUAAACAACCAGUGAGAAAAGAUAAUAAUCCAGGACUUUUGCAUUCCAACAAAUGACAACAUGGAUGUACCAUCACACUGAUACUUUAAGAAAGUCCGUUUUGUAUCAGGACACAAAGAUAAUUCAAACUUGGUUUGUAGAUAAAUUAGAGCACAAACUGUGAAGUGUUAUCCUUCUGAGACCUUCAUGGACUAGGUCUUUUAUAAAACAAAGAACUAACAAAACUUGAUCUUCAGAAAGUGAAAAUCAGAAAAGGGGAAGAAGAGGGGUCUAUCUGAAAAGAAAUUAUACAUAUGCACGGAUGUCACUUUUUAAGGCCAUAUUGCGUUGAUAACAAGCUAAAAGCACAAUUAAAAUUUCACAUGCUAAAGACAAUUUGAAUGAUCUGCUGGGGCAGUGGUAUGUGCCUUUCAACUUGAUAAUUUUGGAACAUUUUCAUAUUGGGGAAAUUAGUUCUAGGUGUCUUCAUAUUCUGUAACUAUAGAACCAUUUGCCAAAAAAGUUUUUCCUUGUGAUAAAAAUAAGAAGCCAUUGGCUUAACAGUUAUUGACUUUAUUACAUUUUCUGUUUAGUAGCACUUUCACUGCAAUGUUAAAAUAAAUUUGACGUUAAAUUCAAACUGUGUCUGUGCCAAUGGAAUCAAAUGGAAGGCCACUGAAAGUGCUGGUCUGUUUCAUUGUCCUGUCCCACUUGCUGGUUAAAGGGUUGGAGCCCAAAUUCUUUGGCCUAGUAUUGCUCAGUCUUUGCUAUUUGGACUAUUUGUAUGCAACAUAUGACAAGCUGAAGAAGCCAGUCAUUUCUGAUUUCAUCAUAUUUCUCCCUCCUUCCCUCCCUGACCCUGCCCCCACCAAAAGGAGCUCAUAGGAGUUCCUGUUGUGGCUCAGUGGUAACAAAUCCAAGUAGUAUCCAUGAGGAUGUGGGUUCGAUCCCUGGCCUUCCUCAGUGAGUUAAAGAUCUGGUGUUGCCUUGAGCUGGAUGUAGAUAGCAGAUGCAGCUUGGAUCUGGUGUUGCCUUGGUUGUUGUAGAGACCAGCAGCUACAGCUCUGUUUGACCCCUGCCCUGGGAACUUCCAUAUGCCUUGGGUACAGCCCUAAAAUGAAAAGAAAAAAAAAGGGGGUGGGGAGCUCAUGAGUGAAUGGAUUUAAAAGAUGGCAAACAAACCAGUGUUCUUCAUAUUCAGUCUCCAAAUUUAUUCCAUUCUUAUUUAAAAUACUGAAUUUAUUUUAAAGUAUGGGGAACCAUCCCCUUGGUCCGCUCUUACUGAAUCAUAGCCCCUCAUCUACAUGUAUCCUUAGCACCUCUCUGAGCUAUGACCAGAUAAGAUACAAAAGGAAGAAAACAUUGAAUGAAACAAUUGGAAAGUCUUGUCACAUGUAGGCAAAAUUGGUAAACAAAUGGUGUAAUGAAGUGUUGUGUAGGGAAGAGCCCUGGACUGGGUCUCAGUGUGACCUUGAGCAAGCAGGUUGUUGAGCCUGUUUGGACUGGAGUUUCUUUGUCUAUAAAACGAGGGAGCUGGACUAGGUGAGUUCAAAGGUCCAUUACAACCCUACCCUACAUAAUACAAGUUUAUAAAAACCAAAGUGUGCAUUUAUUAAUGGUCAGUGUUGAUAACCAAUAUGUAUAUUUAAGGUGGCGAGUUGAGCUUUUUCUCUAAACCUUUGUCUGUACUCCCUGAGAUCAUCAUUCAUAUAGCAGAGAUCUGGAGCCUUUCAGUCAAAAACAUUGGAACUUUGGAAAAAUAUAAGUAACGAUGGUAGACGUCUAUCUGGUUAUUCUGAGUAGUGGAAAAUAUCUUCAAUCCUUUACCUGCCAUUGCAUAUAGAGAGAUGGCCAUUACUUGCAUGUUUUUUUAAUCUUGAGUUACCUGGACAAUUGCCUUAAUUCCACUUCACUUGAGCUAUGUAGAUACAACUUAAUCUUUGUCAUCAUGAAAUAUUUGCUAAGUUUUAAAUUAAGAUAUGAGAAAUUUUUUUGUGGAUAGAAAUCAUCCAGAAAUCAAGCACAUGGAACUGUAAUAUUUUUAUGUGAAGGUUUAUGCUUUUAUUUUACUUCUGCUUCCAUUGGCUUCUUAGAUAGGUUCAUUUCCUUUUAUACAACUAGGAAAUAAUGUAUUUUUCCUUAAUUUUGCAUAAACUGUAGUUCUUAAUUUUCUGUCCUCAUAAAGGGGAUUAGCAUGGGUAUAAAUCAGCAAAAUUUAGUGGUAAUCUAAUUACCUGAAUACAGACAGAGCAGGGCUGUGGUCUCAUUCUGGUUGAACCGGUGAUAACUGGGUAGCAAGAAAGCAUUCUUGAUAUAAAUAGAUGCCAAGCUUGUAACUGAUGUGAGCAGUAUACACAGAUGAUCAGUGUUUAACUACAGUAGUUGGAUGAGCAGAUUCUGCACUUAAAAACACAGGAGGCACAGUUAAAACAAAAUGACACAAGAAAAAAGUGUUCGAUUGCAUGCUAUUUUAAUGUAACAUUCUUCAUCUGUCUUAAAGUGGAAACCAUUUGCAUAUAAAUAAACUGUAAACAAAUCCCCCCCCCAAAUAAAUAAAUGAUUAUUGCUUUGUGACA